AUGAAGCUAUCCAUCGAGAUCGUCGCCCUCCUAUCCUGCCUGAGCAUGCCAGCCCUCGCUCAACAACCAUCGGCCUGCCCAGGCAUUUUCGCAGCCACCUCCGGAGCUGUGAGUGGUUGUUGCGUCGGCGCACCCACCACGACAUCCGAAGAUGCAAGGCUCGAGGCACGCGCUACCCGAACAAGAGCGACUUUGGCCCAGGAUGCUGCUACAACAGCUGGGACAACUACGAAGAAGAAGACCAAAACAAAGACAACCAAGACUUCUCUCGGGCCUUUGACCUGUGCCACCUGGAUCCCGGUCACGCAGUCGAACUACAAUGGACUUUUGCAGGAGGCGAGCAUGAGUUUGAACAGCACGGGGACGAAUUUGCGAACGACUAUCACGCCGUUGAAGACUGGCGCUGCGGCGACGUCGUCUUCUGCUGCAGAUGCUACGAUGGGGUCUACGCCAUGGUUGGGGAAUGUCAAUGUCGCUGCUCUUGUUGCUGCCGUUUUGGCUUGGCUUGUUUGA